AUGAGUAACAUUCCACACUAUUUGAGAUUGAAGCCUCGCGGAGACUCUGUUGAAGCAAGAGAAGCUGUCUCUUUGAUAGAGACUCAAGAUGAAACUCAUGUCAAGUUUAAAGAUACCGCAUCUGCAAACAAGUUUACCAAAAUUUUUGACAAUGUUUCUCAGUUGGAUUUAUACACUCAAACCUUACAAGACUUGACAGUUGAUACUUUGGAAAAUAAAGAUAGCGUGUUUUUCACAUUGGGCCCUUCAAACAGUGGUAAAUCUUAUUCAAUUUAUGGUGAUGGUUCUAAUCCAGGUGUUGCAAUUUACUCAUUAAAUGAAAUAUUCAACAAGAUCAAUGGUAACUUUGCUGACUACAAAGCUUUGAAAAGACAUUUUGGUGAAAAUUUUAUUGUUAGUUCAAAUGCUCAAAAGAACUGUACAGGUGAAUAUGGAUUAUCUUUAUCAGUUUUUGAGAUAUAUAAUGAUCGAAUCAGAGAUCUGACACAAGAUUCAAGUAAAACUGUUAAUCAGUCAUUGGAUAUCAUUACAGAUGCUAAGGACGGUAAAAUUAAACCAAACAAGAUUAGACAAAUUUUCGUUGCAAACCUGGAUGAAGCUAAACUGGUUAUCCACAAGUCAGUUAAAAGAAGAGCUGUUAGUUCAACAAACUUGAAUCAAACUAGCUCGAGAUCUCAUUUAUUCAUAUACUUCAACUUACACAAAGUCACUGGAACAAGAACUGUGAAGACUUCAAGACUAACUAUUGCAGAUUUAGCGGGGUCAGAAAGAACAAAGACAGCUAAAACUGAAGGAAAAGAGUUUAAAGAAGGCAAUUACACCAAUACUAGUUUAACAGAAUUGGGGAGAUGUUUG